UCAAUGCAUACACCUGAAUACAUCAGGUAUGUGCUCUGUUGACACUGAACUUUAAACAUUGGUUGUAAAUUUUGUAAGUUGAAUUCAUGUAGAAUCAAAAACAUGUCUGCAUUAACCCCCUUCUGUCCUUGGAACAGGUCUGUGGAUGAGGAUAGUGGUUUCAGUUCCUUGACGCUUGAUAAAUCCCAAGCGUCAAUGGACCAUGAUGGCUCUUUCCAGGAGCUGCUGCUCUCUGCCUCUAGAGGAAACUGUGAAACCCCAAAUCUAGCUGAAUCAAAGCGACGCUCCCGUUUGCAGCGGCAGCACAGGCUUUCUACGCUUAAAGAAGGUGGCUCUCAGUCUGAAGAAGACCCCACAAACAGAGAGCAUCUGCAUCCGUGUCCCAACCAUUCUAAAGAUGACGUGUUUGCUGACAAGGCCACCCCUUGCAGCCUUUCUGUUAAACGUAAUAAUAGUAUUCAUUUGAGUUUGGUCGCAGCAAAACAAGACUAUACUACCCCACUGAGAGCUACUACAACCAAGCCAGAAAACAUGACGCCUCAUAGUGCAGAUCCAGCUAAUCCGGAUAUCACUCCAAACAGAACAACCCCAGCUGAUCUCUCUCUGACUCCGGCUUUGCAGCUGGUUCAUGCUAUGUGCCAGCAUAAAACCCAAAUGUUUGCUGGCCAGAGUCCAAGCCUGAAGGAGCAGCUGAAGUCCACAGCAGCACUGAUUGAGACUCCUGUGAUGUUUAGGACCACGAUGCCGCUGGCAGGGCUGAUUGGCAGGAAGAUGGGCCUGGUGAAGGUGGACAUUCUCACUGAGCUGAAGAAGAGGAACCUCAGACACAUCCUGGCUGUCAUACUUGGCAGCCUGAGCUCUGAGAGUGUCUACAGGUGUGGCCAGGUGUGCAAAAGCUGGAAUCAAAUUAUUCAGCAGGACAAGAGAGCUAGCCAAAGGAGGAGAAACCACCUGAGUCAAGUGGAGGCUGCUCUUGAGCAUGCUGGUGCUGUCCACGUCUCUGAUGCAGAGACCAGAGUCGCUCUUCUUCAGAGGUCAGGUUUGAAGACGGUCCAGGCCCAGUCCAGGAACUCCAGCUACUGCACUCCCCAGUCUGGAAGUCGCACUUUAACCCCAUUACUGCACGAUGCCUCACAUUCAGGCAGCAGCAAGCGGGAUAAAUUUCUAGAAGUUGCCAAAACCCUCUUCAACGAUAAGUACCUCAAGCCUUGCCCCAGAUGUCAACAUCCUGCAAGGUGUCAUUCAGUGAAAAAGGAGGGUGUGUGCAGCAGAGCCGACUGUGGUUUUCAGUUUUGCACAUCAUGUUUGUGUGCUUUUCACAGCUCCCAAGAGUGUGGCAGUCAGUCUGCAGGUCGUCGCAAGAAGGACAUACUUCUUCCAGGAAGUACUCAAAGCAAGCGAAACAUUAGAAGACUGUGAGGAGAAAGUGUUUCUUGUUCCUAUUUGCUAUGCCAUACUCACUUUAACAUUUCCUCAAAAUGGUGAAGAUGAAGUUCAUUUGCAACUGAACUGAAUAGUAGCUGUUUGUGAGCCACAUCUGUACUCUUUAGUGUGUUUGUGCAUGUCGUUGUACUUUUUUUUAAAUUUGCUCCUUUUUGUUCAACAGAGUUCUUGCUUUUAUAUUUUUAAUUCUGCAUGUGAAGGAGGUCUCGCCAGCACAUGCAAUUGAUUCUUUUUGCUGUUGAUGUAUUUUUCUAUACACUGACUGUACAGAAUAUUUUUUGGAAUUAUUGAGAUUUUAAACUUUUACCAAUGUUUUUUCAGAUGAGCUU